GCGGUGCUAGCAGAACGUCGUUGUUUUCGAUGCUUGAAGCACUGUAAUCGCGUUCAGUCGACCGAAUUCGGUUUUUUUUUAAAUUCUAAUUAUCUGUCGUACGCCACAGUUUUUUUUUUAUCAAAAUAUACCACCGUAAACGUAGUACAUUUCGUCUAGAACUUUAAUCACAGUGUUCCGGUAGUGUAUUUACACCGGCUUAGUACAGGCAAUACACUUCUCGUAUUUAAAUCAAACGUUUAUCGCGACGACGCGCGCGCCUAACGUUCGCCGAAAACCAGUCACGGCCAGACGAGCCAAACGUUGACACAAGAGUGUGUGCGACAACACUAUAGUGAACGUGCGCUUAUUUCAAACAUCGUACAGUGUGAUUUUCUGUUGUUAAAACAUAAUUAGUUGUUGUUUUUUUUUUAAAUUGUAAUUUCGACGAAUUUAACUUACUCGUAAGAACAAAAUAAAAUAUGGGAGCCAGACAGAGCAAAAGGUCGGUAGACAUAUCCGCGGGGGCCACCAAGGCCGAAAAAGGACCAGCCGGCGAACCUUUGGAAAACGGUACCAUUACGGCAGCAUCCACCGAUGAGAAACAAGCGGUCGAAGCUAAUGGUACUGCCGAGGAAACGCCAAAACAAAAUGGAUCAACACCGCAUGUCAACGAAAAGGAAAAUGCUGAAACGACACCGGCUCCAGUCGAAGAGACCAAGGAACCCGCUAAGGCCGACGAAGAGAAACCCACGGAAGCCGUGGCUCCGUUAGCCGAAACCAAUGGCGAAUUGGACACCACUGCCGACGAAUCCGUAAAGAGUCCCACAGACGAAUCGGCCACACCCGAUGCACCGGCGUCUGCUGAAAAGAAACGUAAGAAGAAAAAGACAUGGUCGUUCAGGAGCAUCAGUUUUUCGAAAAAGGACAAAUCCAAGCCUGCCGUCAAAGAACAACCGGCUGCCGACGUGAAAACCGAUACAGUACCAGAGGUGGCCGAGGAAGAGUUUGUUAAAGAAGUGGCAACUAAACCCCAAACGGAAGCAGCCGAUCCUGCCGUCGAAGCCCCAAAAGCCGAGGAAACCGCUGCCGCCGAGAAACAGCCAGAAGCCGCGCCAGCCACUGAAGUGCCACCCCCGUUGCCCAGCAGCCCGCCACCGGUAGAAGCUGUUGUUGUUGCGCCGACACCGACCAUCGUCGAAACUCCUGCCCCGGCACAGCCCGAAGAACCUGAAGUAGCAGCACCACAACCCGAACAAACCGAGGACGACACAGUCGGAGGUGGAGAAGGAUUAGCCGAACCGCCAGAGGGUUUAAACACAUCCGAUAUCGAAAAGGAAGUUGCUGAAGUGCCUUUAGUAAAUGGCAAUCAUGUAGAAAUUGAAAAAUCCGAACCAUCGUCUCCAAAUGUCGACUCCGUUACCGAAAAAAUUGAAGCCAUUAAGCUUUCCAACGCAGCUGAUAUUAGUGACAUCCCCAAUGAAAUUUCAAACAAUGUCAACGGAGUGAGUGAUGAAGUAGCUGUCACAAAUGGUGAUAAUGGUCACGACUAAAUACGGUUUAAUAUUACAAUUUUUCUUAAUCCACUGAACUUAUCGUUGACAUCAGUUAUCGAAAAACUACAUAAUGUUAUUGCCUACUACUUGAUGUGAAAAAAAAUUUUAUUUUAUAAUUUCUCUUAUUAUUUUUUUUUACCUAUCAACAUAAAACAAAAACACAUCUCCAAUUUACGAAAUGUGUAUUCUCUUGCAAAUUAUUUUUAUAAUUAAAUGUUUUGUGAACAGAAACAAAAAGCAAACAAAUUUCCAUUACAAAACACAUAUUUUGUACAAUUUUUUUUAAUAGGCUGUUUAUAAAUAUAAAUAUAUUUUUUUUUUUAUUAUUAUUAUUAUUAUUAAUUAUUAUCAUUAUUUAUUAUUAUUGUCUUAGAUUUUAUACAUAAAUGAAAAAAGCAAAAAAUAUAUAUAUGUAUAAUAAUAAUGCUUAAAUAUUACACCAUAAUUAUUUCAUGAAAACGAAAGUUUUUUUGCUCCAUUUGAUAUAACUAAACGCUCAAAUUUUUUUUAUAACAAACUAAUUUCCGGACCAAUUAAAAUACGUUAAUUUUAAUUUUAUAUACACUAUAUUUACUCGGAACAAAUUUUUUACACAAAAGUGAUCAAAUUUUCUACAUUAUAUAGAUUAUUCGUAAAUAUAUAUAUAAACAUUUUAGCAUGUAAUUGUAUUUAUUUUAAUUUUAAAAUAUUUAUAAAACGUUAAAAGUAAAAAAAAAAUUUAAAAACCACAAUAUUUUGUUUUGACUUAUUUCUGGCCCAAAAAUUAAAAAAAAAAAUUGUUGUGAGUUUAUAGUAAGUUAUAUUUUCGGUAUAAAGUCCAAAGCGCAAAACGAAUUAUCGUGUGCACAAUGAUGAUGAUGAUGAUAAUACAUUCCACAGUUCAUUAUUUCGAUAACUUUCCUAGGCGGCUUCUCACUGUAUAUUAUUUAUUAUUACUAUUAUUAUUAUUAUUACUACAAUAACAAAAUAUAUUACAUUAUAUAUUUACUGUAAGUGUAUAGUUACUUCCAAACUUUUUUUUAAAAAAAUUAAGUGUAAUAUUUUUAAAUUCGCUUAUAAUACAUUAUAUUAUUAUUAUUAUACAUUUAUGUAUAAUGCUAAAAACAAACAACGUAAAACACGUUCUGAGUUGUGUUGAUGAUACUCCAGGGUUUUCAGCUAUUAUGAUGCACCCGUAGUUAAGUCUACAAUCUUUUAGCUGAAAAUCCUCUUUAUAUUUAUACUCGUAUAAGAUAGUUUGUAAUUUUAUAUAAUUUUUUACAAAAAAUAUAAAAGAAAAAGUAAAAUAUUGUUUGCUGUUAUCUCAAAUAAUUAGGUAUAGCAAUCUAAUAUGUUUGUUUUUUUUUUAUCGUAAAAAAAAAAUAUUUUGAUAAUAACUGGUGGAAAAUUUAGCGUUGUUAAUUUUUUUUAGCUCAAGCCUAAUUAUCGGUGUAUAAAAAAAAUAUAUAUUG